AUGCCUAUCCCUUCGCUGCCACUUUUUGUGGCGGCACAGCAGAGCGCAAAAGAUGACCCCGAGAAAAUCGCAAUUAUCGAUGUGACAAAGAAGGAAUCGUACACUUUUACACAGCUUCUUGAGGAUACGGCCGCCCUCAGGAAACAUAUUAUUGAAACUCUCAGAUCGACGUCAUCGGGAGAUCUCAAUGAGCAGCGAGUGGCAUAUUUGUGCCCUGCUGGGUAUGACUAUGUUGCCACGAGCUGGGCAAUUUGGGCUGCAGGCGGAGUGUGUGUACCACUAUGCACGUCCCAUCCAAUCAAGGAGCUUUUGUACACUAUAGGCGACUCAGAUCCCUCCCUAAUCAUCAUUCAUCCCGCUUUCGAGAAAGUUGCGCCAGCUCUCCGUGAGGCAGUGCCCACUGAAAUUCCGUUCAUCGGCCUCGACCCUUUCACCCGCUAUGACAAACCCUCGCUGCCGCCUUUCUCUUCGUCCUUUUCGCUCGACCGGAGAGCCUUGAUGAUCUAUACAAGUGGUACAACUUCAAGUCCCAAGGGGUGCGUGACAACACACGAAAACAUCACUUUCCAAGCUAGCUGUCUCGUCAAGGCAUGGGACUAUAGACCUUCCGACCACUUGAUUCAUGUCCUUCCACUACACCAUGUCCACGGAAUUAUAAACGGACUCACAGCCAGUCUUUUAAGCGGUGCUACAGUGGAAAUGCACCCAAAGUUUGACCCGAAAGUCAUCUGGGAGCGCUGGCAGAACCGCGGCUCUUCAACCAUGUUCAUGGCAGUACCCACGAUAUACUCUCGUCUAAACGAUUACUUUGACGCCCACAUCCGUGGGACAGAGAGCGAGAACUCGGCACGAGCCGGUGCAAAGGCUUUACGUCUGGUUGUCAGCGGAUCGGCUGCACUUCCAACUCCCAUCAAAGCCAAAUUCGCAGAGAUUACGGGUCAAGUCCUGCUCGAGCGUUAUGGCAUGACAGAGAUUGGCAUGGGCAUAAGCUGUGGAUUGGAAGUGGAGAAACGCAUAGACGGCAGCGUUGGCUGGCCCUUACCAGGUGUACAGGUCCGUCUGACAGAGAAGGAGACUGGUCGGAUCAUCGAUGCAGUUGACGAAGAUGGAAUGAUUGAAAUCAAGGGGAUGAACGUCUUCCGUGAAUACUGGAGGAGGCCCGAAGCUACUGCCUCGGAAUUCACUGCAGAUGGAUGGUUUAAGACUGGCGAUUGUGCCCUCCGUGAUUCAACCGGCGCAUACUUUAUUCAAGGUCGCGCCAGUGUCGAUAUCAUUAAAUCUGGAGGUUACAAGAUUUCUGCGCUUCAGGUGGAGCGUGUCAUGCUGGCAUUGGACCAGAUCCAAGAAGUGGCUGUCGUUGGGCUGAAAGAUAUCGAAUGGGGAGAACGAGUCGCUGCGGUAGUGAAGUUCCGUCAGGGCGCCGAAAUGGAGUUAUUGGCUCUUCGUACCGAGCUCAAGAAGGAGUUGGCGGCAUACAAAGUGCCUUCUGUUCUGAAGACCGUUGAUAAUAUAGAGCGCAAUGCUAUGGGGAAGGUAAACAAGAAGGUCCUGGUUCAAAAGUACUGGCCAGACAAUGCUUGA